AUGGUUGCCUGCAACAGAAUAAACAGGAAGUUGGACGCGAUGGACGAACGUGAGCAGCCCGAAUAUCAACAUUACAACCACCAUCAGCCACCGCCAGCAGCAUAUGAACAGCCGCCAUAUGCGAGCUUCAAUUCCGGAGUUAACAACACUGGCUGGCCACCACCACCAUCUGCCCAUGUGCCACUGCAAUAUCCGGCGCCGGCCUACGUCACGCCAUGGCAAACAACGGUUGAUCCCUACUUCGACAAUCAGCCACAACCCUACUUCCACAACAAUGACCCCUACAGGCAGCCGACGUCCCAGACCUACACCGAUUCAAGGCAGCAGAAGCAGCUCGUCUACAGACCGCCGCCACCAUCACCGCAGCACUACUUCCAUACUCAGCCGCCGCCGUCGCACGACUACCACCAGCCGCCAAAACUUUCCUCCCAGCAGCCGCUGCUAACAGCAGCCCUACCCCACCAAAAUUACUCGUGUGUGCCUCCUCCAAAAACCUACCAGCCGCCGCCACCGCCGCCGUUGAUUCUUGAUUGUGAUCAAGUUGAGGAAGGCUUUGCUGAUUCUAACAAGAAGAUUCCCGAUUCUUCAGCUGGUUUUGGUGGAGUUGAAAAGGUUGAGAAGAUGGAGAAGUCUAGUCGGGAUUCCGCGCGCAAAGAGAAACCGGUUCAAGGUUGCGUAGAGAUUUAG